AUGUCUUAGAAAUUCUACACCCUUAUUGCUUUUGCAUGUGUGAAUGUGGUUUGCAGUUCUUUCAUUGUUUUUACUUAUUUGGCAUGGAAAGCAGGUCGAAAAUCACCAGGAGAUAUUGUAUUUGCUUUGGGACUAUGCCAAUUGAGUACUUCAAUCUAUUGGAUGAUGUCAAGUCCAGAUGUCAAUACGCCCAGCAAUCCUGAUAAUAACUUAAAUGACACAUCCUUUUGCAAAUGGGUUGAUUUCACCUAGAACUUAGGGUUUUUGGGCUAGUUUAUAUACAAUUUUGCAUAUUGUUUUACGAUGAGGUAGGAGAUCACAAAUGUUUUGAAAACGAAUGCAAAGUUUAAGUUAUUGCUUCAUUCCUUUUGUUUGGUGUUUACUCUAUGUAUAUCAUUGAUUUUGUUUGCGUUUCAACCCUAAAUAUAGUAAAUGGCAGGUCCAACAAUAAUGAAUAGAUGCAUCAACACAAUUAUUUUAGAGAGGAACUAUUUGCCAUUAGCUCUUUAUGUAUUUGAGUUUGUGUACAUCAUCUCAGCACUAUAUACAAUAUGGUACUUCUACUAGAACCUACCAAACGAUGUGACAUUUAGAAAUAAUAAAAAAUCUUCGCUCAUCAGAUACGUCAUGUAUAUCAUUUCCACAAUAUUUCUGGCAUUGUUCACACUGCUUAGUACUUUUAUUUAAACAAGUGAACAUCCGUCAUCAUAGCCAGCAAGUUUGGACACAGUGAUGAUGAUAUCAACAUGUUGCUUAUACACUUUAGGUUCUGGAAUUCUAUGUUAUUAGAGGGUGAAGAACCCUGCUCUUUUGCGUAAGAUAGUUAAUAUGGUUCAUAAAGCAUUCUAUCCUCAACCAAAAAAGGAGGUAGAGAUUGUUGAUGUGGAUACGCAAUUCAUUGAAGUGCAGAAAUUUAUCAGAAUGUUUUAGAUUAGAAGUGUUUUAGCAGGGAUUAUCUAGUAUUUCAAUAACAUUGAGGAGUAUUUAGAUAAUGCGCAAUUAGAAGAAAAUGUGGACAAAUCUGAAACUGAUGUUGAUAGAACUUCUCAAUUAUUAAUUUAAAACAGGAAUACUUACAAUAAUGAUAUCACAUUAAAUGCUCAUCUAAUUAGAGAAUCUUUGAGUGAUGAAUAAUUAGCCAUAGCGAAGACUCUAGAGAAAUAUAAAUUAAAUAAUUAAGCACUAAACAAGGAAUUUAAUUUUUAUGUUAAAGAAACCUAAUACACAAAAGGAAAGAAUCCAAAGAUGUUUGCGUUGGCUCCAAAGUAUUUUUAUUAUCUAUUUAAAUUUGACAACUUAGAUAUUGAUGCUCAUGAUUCAUUCUCAUUAGAGAAGAAUGCAGAAUUAAUUGAAAAUAUGAUUAAUGUAGACGGGGGUAAAUCAGGCGAAUUCUUUUUCUUUAGUUAUGACAAUAAAUGGAUUCUAAAAACUAUAACUGAAAGGGAAUUGAAUAGUUUCAGACAAAGGAUGGAAGAAUACUUUCAUCAUAUGAGUGAAUAUAGGAAAUCCCUGAUAAAUAAGAUUUAUGGGAUCUUCUCCUAUGAUAUGAAUUACAUUUCAUCUAGUUGUGGCAUUGUUUAUCAUAUGGUCUUGAUGAGGAACAUAUCUCAAGUGCCUCGUCCUUUUGUUAAAAGAACCUUUGAUAUGAAGGGUAGUGAAGUUGCAAGAGAAGCAUUGAAGGGUAAACCUAAAGAUAUAGAUCUCUAAAAAAUCACUUUGAAGGAUGUGGAUUUUGAUAAUCUUGAGAAAUGGAUUAAGAUAGAAUAAUCUCAAAGUGAUUUCGUGAAAUUUUAACUUAUUAAAGAUGCUGAAUUUUUCAAAAAUACUUAUUUACUUGAUUAUUCUCUCUUGAUAAUGAAGGUUGAUUGGGGAGAGUAUUAAGGUAAUGUAGACAGAUUGGUGGAUCUACCUUAAAAUGCAUAUCCUUCCAAAGAUGAACCAAACAUUUACUACCACAUUGCCAUAAUAGAUUAUCUUUAAGAAUGGAAUUUGUCCAAAAUGGCAGAGAAGGCUUCCAAAUAAUUAUUAGCAAUGAACCCUAAUUUAAAUGUUUCUGCUCAAACUCCAGAAAUAUAUGCUUACAGAUUUAUAAAUAAUCUAGUCAAUAAGAUUUUUAGAUGA